GCCAGCACCACGCACUUGGUGUACACGAUACAUAAAGCGGGUGGGGACGCGUACGCUCAGCCACGCGCACACAAGCACAAACCUCGACGUGGGUUGCUUGUUAUAUAGCCCAGGCAACGCCCGCCACGACCACAACAACAGUCGUGCCAACUAGGCCACCGUCGCACCCUUUGUCCCGCCGCCAUCCGUGUCCUCCUCUCUCCUCUCUCGCUGUAAUGGCUGCGCCCGCCAUCGAGGCCAAGUCACUUUCUUCACUUACUGCUCUUGCCUUCAACCCACCCACUUACCCCAGGAACCCGACGCACCAGUGGCAUGAACCGUUAGUGCUGUAUAUCGCCCGUGUUCCUGGGAGUAGAGAUGUUUUCCUGUCACCUAUGAAACCGCGCGAGAAGGUAGUGACUGCAGAAGACAUCCAGAGCUCACUAUAUUAUGUCCAUGUCAACCAGCCAGAGGACGCCUAUCUUGUCGAUCCUCCCGACCCCAAAGGUCCCGAUGCCGCGAACCAAAAUCCAGCAUCCUCUAAUAUUGCUUCUGCCCCGCUAGUUCAACGGAAAGCCGUACCAGGAACUGCUACCGCUGCUCCCACGCGAAAACCCGUACCUGGCACCCUAGCUCCUGUCAAUAAUUUCCCCAGCAGCUACAACGUCAAUGCAGGGAAAUUUCCGCAAAGGCCUGGAACGCUUGCACCAGAUUGCAAUAACCCGCGACACUCCUUCGAUUCAAGCCAGUAUCAAGAAGAAAAUCAAAGACCACCACUGCCACCCCGGCGGCGAUCAGAAAACCAACCACGUGAGACUCCAUCACUCACCCUCAUCCGACGAGAUCCAGCAUCUGGCGCCCAAUGGAAUGUUGCCCGCAUCGAGGAUCCCCCCGUGCCAGAGAUUUCAUCUUCAGUUCUGAAAGACUCUGGUAGCAAAAAGCGAUUAGGGGCGCCAAUGUACGUCCAGGUAUUCAAUCCAGGAUACUCCAAAUUUCUCUAUUCCGACGGUCCAGAAAAGCCUACUCUGAUAAGUCGAGAUAGCGGCUGUUCUGUUCCGUCACAAUAUAGGGAACAUGUCGAGACGCCGGAGUCGCAAGCGGAUCGCCAGAUGAGGAAUGAGAGCAUAUUCCGGCGACGCAUCUGGUUGGAAGGAUCACAGCACUCGGGAAAUGCCUUUGGGCAUAGGAAAAACAAUUCUUAUGGCUCCAAUGCUGCUGGCAGGCAUGUUGGACAACCAGAUAGGUUUUCUGUGGACGUACGCCCUUCGCCUUCGCCGUCCUUUUCGACACAAGAGGACCAACCCUACGGAAGUAUCCAAGUAUCCGACCGGCACACAAGUUUUCGCGGCUAUGUCUUCACAAGCCCAUGGAAUGGACGCUGCGAGUUUGUCACCGGCGUAGGUGGAGGGUCAUUAAAGUGUCGCCACAUCAUCCCAGGCCUUCAAGGAACUGUGCCUAUGAGUUCGAAUUUGAGUGAGCUAAGAUUCAACCUUCCAAGUGGUCCGAAAAGAUCUGCGGCUAGGGUUGUGGAAGGAUCUAAGCGCUCCUCCCUCUUCCGUCGUGGUAUACAUGGUCGGAACAGCUCAGCAUUUACAAUCGAGGCAGAUGAGAACAACGAAGACCGCCUGGAUCUCUCACUUGGACAAGAGUCUGCAGGAGGAGGUAUGGGUGGCAAGCAAGCAAAACUAGGAAAGCUUAUCUUAGAGGACGAGGGCCUAAAGAUGAUGGAUCUUUUGGUCGCAGCAAAUAUGGCUCUAUGGUGGAGGGCAUAUGAGAAGACCAACACCGAUUCGAGAUCCAGAACCGACAGCAUGGAUCUGUAGUCUCUGCCAUGUCGGAUUUCGAGCUUCACAGUCAUGGGAUGAGAUUUGAAAGGGUUGAACUGUUUCGCGGACAAAAUUGACGACACUGUAAGAACAGUCGUUAUACUGGAAGACUCAACUGAGAUGGCUAUGUCAGCCAUUCACAACCACCAUCAUUUGGCGUAUGCAAGUGGUAUGUUGGAGUAUAAGAUGGGCAGUUUACGGAGGCCGUUUAGUCCUUGUUGCAUUGUAUGACUAUUGCGUAUUGUCAUUCGCUAGGAACCAAUUGCUUGUAGUAGUUUGGAUGGAGUUGAAUUGGUCAUAUUCAGAUUACC